AUGUUGGCCGCAAAUAUCCCAGUCACGCCCGACAAACGCGGCCACGCACGGAACGGAUCGCUGCCGACACCGGAUUCGAAGCGCCAACGACGCGCGCCUGAACCCGGGCCCGAAUACAUCAGCCUCGUAUCUGGCGAUGAAGAGGAGUACACCAGUCCCAAUUACCGCGCGACGCCGCACAACGGGUCGUGUUCGGCGUACUUCCCACAAGAGGCCACCCCAUCAUCGUCUGCCGCCGACGCGGCGGAUCGGGUCAGCGACCGGGUGGACAGGUUGAUGGCGGAUUACACGCGAAACAUUCCUCGCCAACUAUACGGCAAGAAGGCAAAGUACUACGUGGUCUGGAAAGGCCACCAGUGCGGCAUCUUCCUAGACUGGAGCACGUGUCAGGCGCAGGUCACUGGCUUCAAGGGCAACAAAUACCAGUCCACCACGACCUACGAAGCUGCUGUCGCCAUUCUGCGCCAAGGGCUCUACGAACGGUUGGAGCAGUCGCACGAGGCUCUGCGUCACCACCUGCGCGACGAAACGCCCUACGAAACGCCCAAAGAACCGCUCUACGAAAUGCGUAAUGAAGUACGCAACGAGCCCUGCGAACCGCCCAAACAAAUGCGCAACGAACCGUCCAACAAACCGCCCUACGAACCGCGUAAUGGAAUACCCAACGAACCGCGCAACGAACCGACCUAUGAGCCGACCUACGGACCGACCUACGAACCGCCCAAAGGACCGUCUCAAGAGUCACCACUCUACGAACCGCCCAAAGAAUUGCGCAACGAACCGCGUAACGAAACGAGGGUCGAGAUACUCACGCCGGAGCCGUCCCGGCACGCGCAAGAUCCUUCCCCCCCGCCACCGGAACUCACACCCCCCGCGACCAACGCCGCCGUCGCAGCGCCGCCGACGCCGACUACCAGCCCGGAGGCUGGGAAGGCGGAACUGCCCCGGGAACCCGUUCUCUGCAAGGAACAGCAAAACGCCCUGGAUCUUGCCGUCCAAGGGCGCAACCUCUUCAUCACUGGGUCGGGCGGUUGCGGCAAAUCGGUCCUCGUCAAGGCCAUACACAAAAAGCUCUUGGCCAUGGACAAGGUCGUCCACAUCCUCGCACCCACCGGCCAGGCUGCUCUCAACAUCGGAGGUAGAACGAUCUUCAAUUACGCCGCCUGGGUACCUGAAUACAUGCGAAAGUCACUCAACGAUUUUAUCAAAGCGUCGCGUCGUAAGCGCACCUGGGAGCGGCUCAUAAAGACCCAGGUCCUCAUCAUUGACGAGAUCAGCAUGGUCGAAAAUCAAGUCUUCGAACGCCUUAGCAGAAUCAUGGCCCACAUUAGGUGUGAGGCAGAUGAGGGCUCUUCGGCGCCUUUUGGAGGUGUGCAGAUCAUUGUUGUCGGCGAUUUUUGUCAAUUGCCCCCAGUGAAGCCGUUUAGGAACUGCUUGACUUGUGGCACACCGAUGGUCUGCACAGGGACCGCACCGACGGGCAUCUGGUACACUUGUCCUGGAGAAGACGACCACGGCGUCUUCCGGGAGGAGGACAAGUGGGCAUUCAAGGCCCCGGAAUGGAAUCGGUGCAAUUUCAUAUACGUCCAGCUGACCAAGAUCCAUCGGCAGCAGGAUGAAGAGUUUGUCAGGAUUCUUCAGAAGUGCCGGCUGGGCGAGGACCUUGAGGCGGCCGACAGGAGGCUUCUCCUCCAACACCCGAGCGAGGUCGAGAAUGGGACUCGGCUGUACUGCCUUCGGGACGCUGUCAAAGAUUACAACGAAGAGGAAUUUGCAAGGCUCAAAGGCAGGGUGCGAGAGUACUGGGCUCUUGACCAGUUCCGCUACCGCUACCUCUACGGAUCUGGCGAAGAAGCACGGGGCGAAAUUGAGGAUGUGAGCGACCCGCCUAGGGACAUGAUCACCGAAGACGAAUUUGAAAAGCACACGAUAUAUAAAGAUCCUACAGGUCGAGCGCCGACUUCACGGAAAGAGUUGAAGUCUCUUGAAGACCACCGCUACCAUCACUGCUUGGCGCUCAAGCUUCACAUGCCUGUCAUCUUGCUCUCCAAUAUCAACUUGGAGGCAGGACUCUGUAACGGUAGCCAGGGCGUCAUUUGCGGAUUUGUGCCGGCCUCCGGACCGAAAACUUUGACAGAGCCGCAGGAGAGCGACUACAAAAAAGAUAAAAGGGCAUACCAGGCCGCCUUGGAAAAAUACAAAAGGUCCUUGAUGGCACCCCGGUUAGACACUUUUGGAGAGCCACAGCAGAAAAACUACGGAGGCGACGAAGACGGCUUUCAAUCCGCCAAGCAGAGAUAUGAUCAGAAUCGAGUCUACCUGCGUAACAACGGAGGCGAACUCCUUCUCCCCGAGGUCAGGUUCGCCAACGGCCUGCGCCGCGUCAUCGGUCCGGACACCACAGUCAACUGGGUCGGCACGAAGUCCCCCUACAGUUUCCUGUCGCGGACGCAGAUCCCUCUGGUUCCGGGCUGGGCCUUGACCAUCCACAAGAGCCAGAGCCUAUCUCUGGACCGCGUCAUCGUCAAGCUAGCCUCCGUCUUCGAGAAGGGGCAGGCCUACGUGGCGCUGAGCCGAGCACGGUCUCUCCGGGGCCUCAGGAUAGAUGGAACCAGCGAGGCGGAGCUGGUGAAGGGUCUCCAACUCGAUGCGGAGGUGAGGAGGUUCCUGCAGGCGUUCAACGAUAGGAUAGCGUGGCAAGAAUCCGUCGCGAGCACAACGUCGAUUGUCCGUGAACUCUCGCCGGACCUGCCGGGAUCGCCGGACUUGCCGGAAUUGCCGGGCUCGCCGGAGACGUUUGGAUUGAUUGAUGAAUGA